AAUAUGUGUGUUUUUUUUUGUGUGUCUGUAUUCAUCUAUGUACUAGUUUCCAAAAGCAUCAGGAAUACCCUCCAAAUAAAUUAAAGAAUAACGGAGAUUAUUACAAAAAUGCAGUUUUCUACAAAAUCGAUUUUGGUUUUUGGUGCAAGUACUCAAUAAACAAGUUAACCGUCAGAUAUGUCGGAAAGCCCCAAGACCUGAUCAAGAAUAUGUGUGUACGAGUACAAGAUACUGCAAAGCUUUUAAACACAGUCUUAAAACCCGUAAUUAUCUUGAUAUAUGUGAGUUCAUUGGCUUACAACCGAUAGUUUGUUGUCCAGUGACGAAUUAUGAAGAGUUAAUUGAAAUACCAGGAACUAAAAAUGAAAGUCCAAUAUCGGCCGAUGAAAAAUGUUAUCAAUAUAAUAGAAUAAAUACAAAUUCAAAAUUAAAGGAAGAAGGUGUAUUUUAUCCUGCUGCAGUAGGAGGUACAAAUGCUGAAAAACAAGAGUUUCCACACAUGGUAAUAUUGAAUCAUCAACAUACUCAAGUCUCAAAGUCAAGAUGGGUUAUGGUGCCUCCACGACAAGUGGAGAUGAUUGGAGAUGCGGUGGUUCGCUGAUAAGCGAAAGAUGGAUAUUGACUGCAGCGCACUGUCAAGAAAGUUCUGGGAAUAAAGCUCGUUGGGCUCGCCUUGGAGUUUUAGAAAGGUUCUUUAAUGAAGACAAUGUAGUUCAGCCCAAUGACUAUCGAAUAGUGCAGCAUGUAAUACAUCCUGAGUAUAGACCACCUUCGCUAUACAACGACAUAGCUCUAUUCCGUUUGGAAAGGGACGUCGUAAUUUCCGAAGAUGUGCGACCGAUUUGUCUUAACACGGAUACGGAUCUAUCUUCAACACCGUUAAAACAAAUAGCUACUGAUUGGGGGCGAAUUUCAACGGCCGGGCCAGUUAGUGACAAUUUGUUGAAAGUAGAAUUGGAUAUUUUCCCCACAUAUCAGUGCAAUGAAAGUUAUAUUUCAAAUACUCGUCAAUUACAAUUCGGCAUAUUACCAGACAGGAUGAUAUGUGCGGGCUCGUUUGAUGGUGAAAAAGACACUUGCACGGGCGAUUCGGGAGGUCCACUUCAAGUAAGACAUGCCGAGUACCCCGACAUGUAUAUACAAUACGGGAUUACUUCGUUUGGGAAAUUUUGUGCUGACAAAGAUACCCCCGGAAUUUAUACUAGAGUAGCCAAAUACAUUUCAUGGAUCGAAGAAAUAGCAUUUUCAAAAUAAAUGAAGAUAAUAAAAUUAAUUUAUACUAUUUAAACUACAUAAAAACGUCUUUAAAAAA